AUGGCUGAAUACUCCACAUAUGGGUCUGUAGCGGUACUGCAGGUGAACAACCCUCCGCUGAACACCUUCACCCGCCAUGUGCUACAGGCUCUGGUCAGCGGCCUGGAGAGGGCUCAGCGGGAUCCGGCCGUUCGUAGUAUCGUCAUCGCGGGGAAAGGGCCUACAUUCCCUGCAGGUGCUGAUUUAGAGGAAUUAUUAGGAACCGCGGCAGCUCCACUGCUGUCCAACCUUCGCAUGGUUGACAAGCAUGUAGACACCUGUCAGAAGCCCAUAGUUUGCGCCAUCCAUGGAACAGCCCUGGGGGGAGGUUUUGAGCUGGCCCUGGCCUCACACUACCGCCUGGCAGUUCCUUCAGCCACGCUGAGUUUACCUGAGGUGCACCUGGGGAUGCUGCCAGGUGCAGGGGGAACCCAGCGGCUGCCGCGGGUGGUGGGGGUGAAGUCUGCCAUCCAGCUGAUCACCAGCGGACAGGACAUCAAAGCACAACAGGCCCUCACUCUUGGUCUUGUGGACAAGAUUGUUCAAGGUGACCUGCUCAAAGAGGCUGUCAGCUUUGCAAGGUCAGUUGAAGGUCGUCCGUUAGAGGACAGAAGGAUCAGUCAGAGGACAGUGCCAGACGCGGACAAGGUCGACGAGGUCGUGGAGGCAACACGGAAGACGAUUUUACGCAAAGCGCGAGGAGCCAUUGCCCCAUUGACCUGCGUACAGGCUAUUCAGGCCUCGGUUCUGCCGUUCGCUGCCGGGAUGGCCCGUGAGGCUGACCUGAUGACGUACCUGAUGACGUCAUGGCAGGCUGCAGCCCAACAGUACGUCUUCUUCUCCGAGCGGGAAGUCCGACAGUGGAGUCAUCCUCGCGACAAACACAUCAACUUUAGAACUGCCAAGCCAACAGUCAUCAAAAGUGUGGGAGUGGUGGGUGCAGGCACCAUGGGUGCGGGGAUCACCAUCAGCCUACUGCAGGCUGGGCUCAAGGUCGUCCUGCUAGAGGUCAACAAGAAACAGCUGGACAAAGCUAUCGCCGUUAUCCAAAAGACUCUUCGUCAGAAAUCUGCCUCACAGAAAAUGUCCCAACUGACCACCACUAUGGACUACAGCCAGCUGAGUGACGUCGACAUGGUCAUCGAGGCUGUGUUUGAAAACUUGAGGCUGAAGAAGGAGGUUUUCAGGAAGCUGGAUGUCAUCACCAAACCCCAAGCCGUCCUCGCAUCCAACACGUCUGGACUUGACAUUGACAAGAUCGCAGCAGCGACAAAGCGUCCUGACAAAGUUGUUGGGACCCAUUUCUUCUCUCCCGCCAACGUGAUGAGACUUCUGGAGAACAUCUACGGCAAGAAGACGUCGGCGGAGACGGUCGCCACGGUGAUGCAGCUGGCCACGACCAUUGGGAAGGUGGGGGUGCUGGUGGGCAACUGUGCAGGCUUCGUGGGGAACCGCAUGUUGGGUCCGUACAGGUCCGAGGCGCUGUUCCUUCUGGAGGAGGGGGUCGAUCCACAAGACGUCGACAGGGCUAUAGAGGAGUUCGGCUUCCCGAUGGGACCGUUCCGUAUGACCGACCUGGCCGGUAAUGACAUUGGGUGGAGGCGGCGCAUCGAGGCGAGACUCACGACGGAACACGGGCCGCCACCGGACACCCCCGCGCUCUAUCGUCGUGGCGACCGGUACUGUCCGUUACCGGACAUGCUGUGCUUGCAAGGUCGUCUGGGACAAAAGACCGGGGCUGGGUGUAUGAUGCUGCAAGAGGCCAAGGAUGAUCUCACAGAAAAUAUCUACAUCAGAUUCAGGACAGAUGGCAGUGUCUUUGACCUGAGGAGACUUCUAGCACACACAAAGACACUGGAAGAACUGAUCCUGGACCUGCUGUUUGCGGACGACUGUGCACUUCUGGCACACACAGAGGCAGCUCUAAUGUCCCACCACGCCCCUUCUAUGUGUAACAGGUAUGACCCAGGUAGUCGCACUGCCCUGCCGGAUCCUGUGGUACUGCAGAUGAUCCAGGACUACAGACAGGAACAUGGCUUCAAGAAGAGAACCAUCUCAUCACAGGAGAUCGUCGAGCGUUGUCUCUACUCACUCAUUAAUGAAGGCUUCCACGUCCUGGAUGAGGGAAUUGCAUCUCGGGCACUGGACAUCGAUGUCAUCUACCUGUUUGGCUAUGGAUGGCCGAGGCACACAGGAGGACCGAUGUACUACGUGGAAAGGGUGAUCGGCCUGGAGAAGCUGCUGCGUAGUCUGGAGACUUACAGUGCCCGGUACCCGAACCAUUCCCACCUGCAGCCCAGCCCGCUUCUGCGAGACAUGGUGGCUAAAGGAGGCAGCCUGGCAGCACUGGGGACAACCGACAGCAAACUCUGA